ACAAGGUUUAACAGUACUUGCAAAAUAUCUCCAGUGGUAUCGACCUUUAUGCCCAAAAAUUCGUUGGGCAAUAGUACUUGCGGCUAACUUGCUGGGUUGCUACAUACACCUGGGUCACAGAGUUUAGAUUCAGUUUUAUUUAUUAGUAUUUUUUUUAUUAUUAUUUGGUACUCAUCUGAUUUUAAAGAGACUAAAAUAGGUUUAUUCAUCCUCUGAUGACUCUGGGGUGUUUUCCUUCUCUGAAUUCUUUGUCUCGUUGUUCUUGACCUGAUUAUAUCUUCCAUAUAAUAUGCAGACUCCAGAAGCUGAUUAAAAAACAAAGAAAUGAAUGGACUGGUUAAUUAUAAAGUCCCUGUUACCUGCAGAACAUUAAACUAAGACAAAGACACACUGGAUUAAAGAAAAUGGAGAAUUUGUAAUAGUGUAAACAUAGUAGUAUUUAGCAUUAAAAACAGUAACAUUAGUAAGAAUGAAUUUUUCUAUUUGCCAUAUUACUGUUGUGUGCAUUGCUGGUUUUGUGCAAAAACACCAGUAACAGCUACCACUAAAUAUUUGAAGUAUUUCAAAUAUUAGCCUCUAUGUUUUAUAAGGUCAUAUAGUUCGAGUACUGUUACUUAUAUAUACAUUGGUAACCUUUUUAAAGUACACAGACUUACAUUUAGAAUCGUUUGAUGAUUCAUGUUGUUUAACUGCUGAACAAAAAAGUCCAGUCUCAAGUACUUACAAGUACUUUACACAGAAAACUUGCAACUUAGAAGAUCAUACAGUUUAAUUCAGUUAGAAUAUUGUUAUUACAAAAGAAAAAAUAAAUAAGCUUUAAAUUUAAAAUGGAAAAGGAAAAAAGUGUUCGCUUUAAGCUCCCUUUGGACUCUGUGUUAGUUCAAACAUUAUCAGCAUCCAACAAAAAGUACUGAUCAGGAUAUAUAUUGCAACAGACCAUUACACAAUGUUUAGAUGUAACUCUGAGAUCAGUGUACAAAUAAAAAAGACAAUUUCAUGUUUUUAAGAAUUUGUAUAGUAAUUGGAAAUGUUUAAUAUACUGCAAUAUAAAUGACUGAAGUAAACACCAUUUACAAAUAAUAAUAAUAAUAAUAAUGCUUAAGACAGCUCAAGGUUAUUGCUGUUUAUUUAUUGCAUGUGCCUUUCAUGCCACAAACAGAAUAGCAGACUCUAUUCAAACAACUAAUCAAAUUUUGCAGGAACCUUUGUAGCUCAAAGUUCAGUGUCCCAACCCAAAUCAAGGUCUGCAAAUGUUUUUGCUGUUGUCACUUUGAGCUGUGGAGCAGAAAAACAAGCAUCUAACUUCAUUACACUUCUCCCAACAGGGCCCACCUGAGAGUAUAAAAGCCUCAAGCUGAAGUACAAAAAAAUCAGUCUCAUUUCGGAGUGCUCGUUGACCCAAAAGGAGGGGGCUUCAACGAACCCAUCAUGGGGGACUCAAAGCUCGGCCUUUUGCUGCUCCUCAGUACAUCUGCCUUGACUUUUGCACAAGAUCGUGAUCAACCAACCUGUCUCUUGGCUCAAAGGUACAAGAGCCUACACAAGUAUGAAUACCAAUAUGAAGCUGAAUCUCUGAAUGCCAUCAACGGAGCCUCACAUCUCAAGAAUGGACACAAGGCUUCCUGCAAGGUUGAAAUUGAAGUGCCUCAGACUUGUAGUUUUAUUGUACGCACUACUGGCUGCAGGCUGAGUGAAGUUGUUGACACGGACGCACAGGGUAACCCUUUGUUUGCCAACAGCCCCAGCUCUGAUGCCUUCGCUGCUGAAAUGGAAAAGUAUCCCCUGAGGGUCAUGAUUGAGGGUUUGUAUGAUGUGAAACUGUACCCUGAGGAGGGUGAAACAACGACUGUCCUGAACUUUAAGAGGGGUAUCAUCUCUGCACUGGCUGUUCCUGUGCUGGAAGAAGACAAGAACAAGAAUAUGCCUACAAUUCACGGCAAGUGCAAGACCCAUUACACAGUCAAUGCUAGAGAAGACAUUGCAACUGACGUCAGCCUAAACAGGGAUCUGUCCAGAUGUGACAAAUUUGUCCCAAUGAGAGAUCACACCAGCCCCUUGGCUCUUAUCACCGGCAUGCACUACCCUCUUGCUCAGCUGAUCAGAAGCUCCCAAAGCUGCAAUUACAGGUUUGACAACGAGAAAAAACACAUGACCUUUGGGUCCUGCACCGAGAACCACAUCCUUAUUCCCUUCUCAUAUAAGAGAGAAUAUGGAGUUGCCAAUGUUGGAAAGCAGGAGCUCACCCUGGUUAAAGUUUCUCCUCACAAUGACAGAAUCUUUGCUCACGGUGUCCUUGUCAAGGAUCUCCACAUGGAGGCUGUUGAGGACAAGAGUUUUGUACAGGAUAAAGAUGCAGUUCUGAAUCUCCUGAGAGAACUGGACACUCUGCCUGAGAACGAGGGUGAGAGGAGGGCUCCCCUGUUCCACAAGCUUGUCUCAACGGUCCGUGGAAUGAAAACAGAAACCUUGAGCGCGGCACUCCCUGAGGCUCUUGCGGUGUCCCGAGUCCUCACCUACCAGGUACUGGCUCAGUGUGGAACUCCUGAAUGCAGCAGUGCCAUCAUGAAGAUCCUCAGGACCUUUGACACCAACGCUCUUGAGGUUGAUGCAACUGUCUUUGCUUUGGGACUCGUGUCCAAUCCUUCUGCACUCUUGAUCCACGAUAUGCUCGAGAUGGCCAAAUACAAACCCAGCAAGCCUGUCAUGUAUGCUCUGAGCAAUGUUGUAAAGAGGUUUUACAAAUCUGAAGGAAAACAAAUUCCUGAGAUUCACUCUGUUGCUGAGUUCAUGGCUUCCCAGUUGGGUGACUGCUCUGGAGACAAAGACAAAACUUUUAUGACACUCAGGGUUAUUGGAAACAUGGCUCCAGCUGUGGUACCUGCUAGUCCAGCACUCAGGACAGCUGUGAUCAACUGUGUGAAAACACCUACAGCUUCCCUGGCUGUGCAACAAGCUGCAAUUCAAGUCUACAGGCUGACCCCUCUCCCUGAGGAGGGCAGAGAGGAGUUUAUGCAGGUUCUUCUGGACAGCACUAGUCCCAUGCAAAAACGUAUUGCUGCAUAUCUGGUACUUAUGAAACCUCAGCUAAGUGAACUUGCCCGGAUGGUGAAUGCCUUGCCCAAUAUACAGGACCAACAAGUCAAGAGCUUUGUCAUCUCCCACAUUACCAACAUUUUGUCCUAUCUGGGUCAGAGACUCAAGCGCUGAGACAUAAACUUCAGGAUGCCAUUCAGGGUAAUGAGAUUGGGCCCAUUAUGGACCCCACAAAGUUCUCUCGCAACUACAUGUUUGGAUCUUUGGAGGGCAAUAUGAUCUUUGAGGGUACAAGCUAC